AGGCGAGCGUGGAGCAGGAGGUGGAACGAGAGGUACUCUGGGAAAAGCUUAACAGUGUUGCACUGUUAAUACAACACACUAGUAGGCUGGACAGUAUGAUUUCAGAUGCUGUUGCAGAUUCCCAACCACAAAGCCAUGGCUGUAUAACAAAGCAUAAAUGUGAUGAACAUAUCUUGAAGCAGAUAGCAACUCGUUCAUUUGUGGAUAGCAAAAUUGUAUCAAAAAUGGAAAGAUCGGGCUCAUUAAUUCGGGUUAUUGAAAAAUUAAGUAAGAUUGUGGAGAAAGGAAGAUCGAAGCAAUAUUCUCUAGCUGGUCAAAAGAGGCCUUAUACUAAUACCGCUGACGCAAGAAGUGCAAUAUUUGAACAUGCUGACAGCUGUGAGAGCACAGCCAAAAAAGCUGUGGACAGAAACUAUGGCAAGUUACAGGAUCAUACCACAAUUAGAGAGACUGACUUUAAGACACAAGAUUUGCCUAAGAGUUGUAAUAGACUAGAUCAAAGGACACAUAACUCUGCAGAUAAAACAGACACUUCAAAAAGAUUCUGUUGUACUGUUUGUGACUAUGUUGCUUCAGAGCAACCAGCUUUUUAUUUACACUUACGCAGCCAUAACAGUGCUGAGAUCUAUACAUGUGAACAGUGCAACUUUGCCACUACUGUUUCCAAAGAUCUUGCCGAACACAGAUAUUUGCACAGGAACCUCACUCGAUAUCAGUGUAAUUUAUGUAAAUUCAGUUCACUGACUUUUCCGCAGCUAAAGGAGCACUUUGAACAACAUGGAAAGUCCAGUGACGUGGUGUUGAUGUGUUCUGAGUGUUGUUUUGUUUCAAAAAAGCAGGAGGAGCUUGAAGCUCACAUUUGGACCCAUCUCGAAGAUGCACAGGUACAGAGGAAACAUUUGCCACAGAUUCAGCAGCAAUCAGAGUUAAGUACCAUAGGCAGUGCAAAGUCAGGAGGCGUUGCUUUGGACUCUGAACCAGGCCCAAGAAAGUGGUAUACAUUUGAUCAGUACGGCAUGUAUAGGUGUUUGAUUUGCAGUUAUGCUUGUGAUCGCCAGAGAAUGUUAAAAACACAUGCAUGGAAACAUGCUGGUGAAGUUGAUUGUUCAUAUCCAAUUUUUGAGGAGGUAUCUGAGCCAACUACCUCAGCAGUUUCAUCUACAGCUCUCUCAACCCAUGAUGAGGAACCAGUUAUUGUUUUUUCAACAGCCGGUAAAUCAGAAAGUGUGCACUGCACUGGUUCAAAUCAGUUGCAGUUUUGUGGUGUGGCUCCAGUUACUGUAAUUAACUCAUUGGACUGCAGGCCCUCUCUACCUGAGACAACUGUGAAAAGUUCCGAUAUUACCUGCUCAAAAGCACCAAGUCCAGCCGUAAUGGAAAUUGUCGAAGAGGAAUCUCUGGUACUGGAUUGUGAACAUGAAAACAUAAUUUCUGAUAGCCUUCUUUCCUCCGCACAGAAGAUAAUUAACUGUAGUUCAAACAAGGUGGGGCAUGUCAAUGUUAUCGUGGAGCGGGUUCCAGGAGCUGGAGAUACUGUUCCAGAAAAGCACUUUCUAAUGACACCAGACAUUGAAGUGGAAAAGAGACUUAUCUCUGAAAAGUCUCAUGUGAUCUAUUGUGAAGAUCCAUCAGAAAUGUAUCAACAAAGUAACAGUACGACUGAAGUGGAAACUGCUGCCAUAGAGUGGAAUCCUGAAGAAAGUAAUAAUGUUUUAAAACCUUCUGAACCUGCAGCAGUUGAUGAAAAUGUUCCACCAGUACGAAGGAGGACCAAUUCAGAAUCUUUGCGGCUUCAUUCAUUGGCUGCUGAAGCUCUCGUCGCAAUGCCAACAAGAGCACCAGAAUUAACCAGAGGGAAUGCUAAAAAUCCUGAACCUGAUACAGGGCAGAUAGGUGUUGACGUCGGCACUUCCAUUUCUCCAGCUCUCGGUUAUUCUCGAGAUGGUACUAGUGACUUACAGCUUGAUAAAGCUAAAUCUGGUUUUUCUGAAGUACCUAUCAAAAUGGGCAUCAGCAUGUCAUUACUCACUGUAAUUGAAAAAUUGAGAGAAAGAACUGACCAAAAUGCUUCUGAUGAAGAUAUCCUGAAGGAAUUACAAGAUAAUGCACAAAGUCAACCUUCAAACGACCUGAGUUCAUCAGGCAACCUAGUGGAGUAUAUACCCAAUACAGAGCGGCCUUACCGUUGUUGUCUCUGUCACUAUAGCAGUGGUAACAAGGGGUACAUUAAACAGCACUUAAGGGUUCACCGGCAACGACAGCCUUACCAGUGCCCAAUCUGUGAUCACAUUGCUUCUGAUAGCAAUAGUCUGGAAAGUCAUAUGAUAAACCAUUGCAAGACUAGAAUGUAUCACUGCAAGAGGUGCAGUGAAGCAUUUUAUUAUAAGAACCAGCUCCGGAACCAUGAGUGUGAGCAACGUGGCCCCUCCCACAUUUCCUCAACAAAUGAUGAGAAUACAGACUGUAGUAGAGGAGGGGAAACUGAAAGCACACAGGAAGAAAUACUAUCAACUCAGAAGCUGUACAAGUGUGAUGUGUGUGACUACACAAGUUCAACGUAUGUUGGUGUAAGAAACCACAGAAGAAUCCACAACUCUGAUAGACCGUACAGAUGCAGUAGCUGUGACUUUGCAACUACAAACCUGAACAGCUUAAAGUGUCAUAUGAAACGCCACCCACAGGAGCAUCAGGUUGUUCAGUUGCUGGAACAGUAUAAGUGUUCUCUGUGUGGUUAUGUGUGUAGCCAUCCUCCAUCUUUGAAAUCCCAUAUGUGGAAACAUGCAAGUGAUCAAAAUUAUAAUUAUGAACAGGUGAAUAAGGCCAUAAAUGAAGCCAUUUCUCAAAGCAGCAGGUGUCAAGACCUCCAGCGAAAACCUGCAGAUGAGUAUGUUGAAGAAAUAUCAUCAUCGUCACCAUCACUUCAUCCUCUUUCUACAAAUUCUGAUAAGCCUCCCUCAGCUCCAGAGGCAGAGAGCCUCAUUACUGAUGAAACCAAAGGCCCUGAAAAGUGCCAGAAAUUGAAUUCAGACUUAAAUGUCUCUGAUACACCAGGAAAAACUGGAAGUCAGAUUCGUGCUGGCAUGGAGUACUGUGUGCUGUUAUUCUGUUGCUGUAUCUGUGGUUUUGAAUCCACCAGUAAAGAGCUAUUGAUGGAUCAUAUGAAGGAACAUGAGGGUGAGAUCAUUAACAUUAUCCUCAACAAGGACCACUGCUCCCAACCUGAACAGAGUGGCUCUGACUAAAUCAACCUGGAGAAGCUAUAUUUACAAAACACAUUGCCUCUUUAUAGAAGGAGUCAUGAGAUAAACUCUUGAACAAACCGUGAAUGUCAUCAAUUCAAAAUGUGAUUUUAGUCCCUUUUAAAUGGUGUAAACAUUACUGUUGUCACCCGUUUUAGAAUAUAUUACAAGUAAUAUCUUGCAUAUAAGUAAUCUAGGUGCAAGGAAGAUGUUCAAGGAUCAUUUUGAUAUUUCAUUUCUCCUAUACUGUCCUGCACCAUGUCCUAAAU